UUGCGUUCAAGCGUUACAAUUUUAAGACAGAGAAACUUUCGCUGUUUGGUAACUGAUCCUUAACUUCUCUAAAUUCAAUUUUUCUGCGGCUUAAAAGUUGUGAAUUUCCGUGCGAAUUCCGAUUCUAUUGAAAAAUGAGGAGAUUCCGGUUUUUUUUCUUGUUACUUCCAAGCAAAUUAAAUAGUGUCACCCCGGGAUAAUUUCGUCCUUCAGGUUAGUAUCAAAAACAGAAUAAAGUAAAAAGUAUAUAAAAAACAUAUCUGACUCAUCAAAGUCAAAAAUGAACUAAUCUAUGAGAAAUAAUGCUGAGGUUAGUUUACGAUGUAUUAGCUAACUUUGGUUCAAUAUAUUGUUGUUGUAGUAAUUGUUAAAAUCGCCACCGAUGUUGUGAAUGUAACUGAUGGAGAGUCAAUGUCUCUGAACUGCACCAUAAGUGGCGAUGGAAGUUAUACCUGGGAACGUCAAGAUGGAAUCGAGGUCGAAAAUGCAAAAAGACAGGUUAAAGGAGGAGGACGACUGCUUGAAAUUAUUGAUGCGGCCAUUGCAGAUUCUGGUGCCUACACCUGUAAAGUAGGCGAAAUCUCUCACACCAUCACGCUACAGGUUCUUGUUCAAGUCAAGGUGGAAAUGGCCCUGAAAGUUGAAAAUUACAACUACACGAAAGAGCUGGAGAAUAAGUCAUCGCCACAAUACGAGGCAAUCGCGAAAAACUUUACCGAGGAGAUGGACAUCGUUUACAGAAAUACUUUAGGAUACAUGAGAAACGAGGUUUUGAAAUUGACGAAAGGAAGUGUGGUAGUGGAUUUCAACAUUAUCAUUCAAAUUGUAACAACCGAUCCAAAAAAUGAAACAACUACCGUAGAUAAAAAGGCCUCAGUCGUCCAGACAACAAUUAAAGAAGCCAAAGAUGGGUUUGUAGGACGGCUAAAAGCUUCCAAAGUUAUUCCAAAGACCGAACCUCCAGAGCCUAAUGGUGUGGAGAUCUUUGAUAUCAAAUCAGAUGAGCUGAGUGUUCGAUGGAAACCGUCGGAAGAUGCUGAAACUUUCGACGUUCGCACUUACUCGGUGCAAUACAGAGCAUAUGGUGAAAAGACCUAUGGCGAGCAUAAUCAAACAGCUAACACUGAAAAUGCAGACUACUCUUACAGGAUUAAGUCUCUCGAAUCUGAGACUGUUUACAUGAUACGGGUCGGUGCAGUUAACACUUAUGGAUCCAAUUUCAACGAGGAAACUGGCCACGAGACUGAACCCGCACCUUUUGCCUGGUGGAUUAUUGUCUUGGCCGUGUUAGGUGUCCUCUUGAUUCUUGGCAUACUCAUCGGCAUUAUUAUAUACAGACGCAGGAGAGCGCGGGACAGAAGAGAGCAAACAGAGGCUCGGUUUCGAGCUCUUGAAAACCAAACCGGGUCUCAUAAGGGCGAAGUAGCAGCUUACCAUGGGGAGAAUGUUAAAGGAUUGACAUACUCGUUUAAAAACACUGCUUACAAGCCGGGUGAGAUGAACUGGGAAGAGUUUCCGCACGAGAAUAUCAAACUGUUGGAUGAACUAGGUUCGGGAGCAUUCGGCAUCGUUUUUAAAGGAGAGCUGCAACAAGAGAACGGGAAUAUCAUUCCUUGCGCAGUAAAAACCUUAAAACCAUCUGCCACAAAGGUGGAAAGGAAAGACUUGUACAAUGAGUUGGAAAUCAUGGCCAACGUAGGACACCAUCCGAACCUUGUGAAUUUGAUUGGAGCAUGCACACAAGAUGACCACCUACUUGUUAUAAUAGAGCUAGCAGAAAACGGCUGCCUGCUAGAUUUCUUAAAACGGUACAGACAACAAGAUGGAAAUAACACUACAAGCGGCUUAACAGAACAUAUGAAAACAUCGAUAGCCGUUGAUGUAGCGCAAGGAAUGGCACAUUUAGCGGACUGCAGGUGUAUCCACCGAGAUCUUGCAGCAAGGAAUGUUUUACUGGGGAAGGACUACGUUGCCAAGGUUUCCGAUUAUGGUAUGGCCCGUAGUAUGUAUGAACAGCUGAUGUACAAGAAAGAAACUCAGGGCAAACUUCCGGUUAAAUGGAUGGCUAUCGAGUCCUUGGAGACAUACACUUUCACGAUGAAAUCUGAUGUGUGGGCUUAUGGAGUACUGCUUUGGGAAAUAGAAUCAGGAGGGUUGAAACCUUAUGCUGGCGAUAGCACCUCGGAACUGAUAGAAAAGCUAAAGAACGGAUACAGAAUGGAAAAGCCUAACGGAUGUUCAGACGAAAUGUACCAGGCAAUGAGAGAUUGUUGGAAUCCAAAUCCUAACGCAAGACCAAAUUUUGACGAAUUGAUUGUCCGUCUCGAGAGCAAAAUCAUGGCUUAGUUUACAUUAUAUUACAUUAACAGCGACAACAGGAACAACAACAAAAACAAAACUACAACAACUAAACAAGGAACUUUUACAGGGAAUAGGAAGGUUUAAAUAUAAAAUUACGUUAGGAUUACCAAGGAUGUCAGAAAAGGUGAAGCGACAGAAAAAAAGCAUCAGAUUAACUUCACAACUACAACUGAUAAUAAGUUCGUUAGAGCAUCACACAUAAUGCUUAUUGUCUUUGGGAUAUUUCUUCUAAGGGAAGAGGGGGAGAGGGGAACCAUCCUUGUUUCAUUAUUAAACAGAGUUAGCCGAGCCGUGUUACAAUUUGGAAAUACGGUAGAACCCGCUAAAUCCUAAGGGAAAAAAACUGUUUCGAGUUAACGGAAGUUGGAGUCAGUGGGGUUCCCCGUCUUCUACUCUUGCAGAAGCUUUUAUUUGGUUCUAGUAAAUAUGCUGUUUUAUUGUUAUAUUAGCAGAAAGGUCAUUAGAGCAGGUGUAUAAGGUGUGAAUUAUACUGAUAAUAUUCAGAAGCUCAUUUACAUAUGUAAGGUGACACCAAAUAAAUUCCGGUACCUUCCGAAUUAGUGAA